AUGUACACGGCAAAGGCUCUCUUUGCCGUGCGCCGAGACACAAACACAUGGCAAAGGGCCCCGCACGACAACAGUUAUGAAAUUAAGUUUGGCCGAUUCGGGAUUGGUACCAAAACAACAACUCCCGGCCCAUCCCCGACCCGCACCCCGCCGCCACCCCUUUCCCUAGCUUCCGGCCGACAUGCUGCCCUCCCCGAUGUCAUCGAACCCCGUCACCGACCCCUUCGAUACCUGCCGCUCCACUCCCCCAUCUCCCUUCCCUGCCGCUCCACGCCGCCGUCCAACCUCUGCGUUGCGGCCAGAACCCCCAGGACCUCCCUGCUCCAGCCUGUCGCUAGCAACCAUGAUCGCAUGCGCGCGUGGUGGCCCGAGCUAGAUCUGGCGCCCGUGUCCCGGCCCCUACUCCGGCUCCAUCCGCGGAGCAGGUGCCCCUACUCCGGCCCAGUCUCCGGCGACCCUGACCCGGCUCCAUCUGCGGCGCCCCUGCUGCGGCCGGCCCCGUCCCCGGCGCCCCUGCUCUGGCCCCAUCCACGCCGCCCCUGCUCCGGCCCGUCCCGGCGUCCCUACCCCGGCCCCGGCUCCUUCUCCCCUGUUCGAUCUGUAAGGAGUAGAAUUGUAUGA